AUGUCAGGGAGAAGGAAGAAACCAGCACUAAAACUCCAAGUAUCAGAUGAUGUUCCUCCAGUGUUGCCUCCAGCUAAUUUAGACACCCGAACAACAAUCACAAUUGGAGAAAAAACAUUUGAUGUGGAAGCAGAUGAUCUCUGCAAGAUUGAUGACUUGGGUAGGGGUGCUUAUGGUGUGGUGGAGAAGAUGCGCCAUAUUCCCAGUGGUACAAUUAUGGCUGUUAAAAGAAUAACUGCUACUGUCAACACUCAAGAACAAAAAAGGCUGUUGAUGGACCUUGAUAUCUCCAUGAGAAGCAGUGAUUGUCCUUACACAGUUCAGUUUUAUGGAGCACUUUUUAGGGAGGGGGAUGUGUGGAUCUGUAUGGAAGUUAUGGAUACUAGCUUAGACAAAUUUUAUGUCAAGGCAUUUAGACAUGGUAGAAGGAUACCAGAGGAUGUGUUAGGAAAAAUUGCCUAUGCUGUAGUUAGUGCCUUACAUUACCUAUACUCACAUCUCAAAGUUAUCCACAGGGAUGUGAAACCUUCCAAUAUUCUCAUCAAUAGACAGGGUGAAAUUAAAAUGUGUGAUUUUGGGAUAAGUGGAUACCUAGUCGAUUCUGUUGCCAAAACCAUUGAUGCAGGAUGCAAACCUUAUAUGGCACCUGAAAGGAUAGAUCCUCAGGGCAACCCCUCUCAAUAUGAUAUUAGAUCAGACGUGUGGAGUUUGGGAAUUUCCCUAAUCGAGUUAGCUAUAGGAGAUUUUCCAUAUCCAAAAUGGGGUACACCAUUCGAACAACUCAAACAGGUUGUAGCUGAUGACCCGCCAAGACUGCCUGCAGGACAAUUUUCAUCUGAAUUUGAAGAUUUCAUCUCGAGAUGUCUUCAGAAAAGGUACAUUAAUCGGCCGAACUACAGUCAGUUGUUGCAACACAGCUUUUUAGUGAAACACAAAGAAAUGAAUACGGACAUAACGUCCUUCAUAUCUGAGGUACUUGAUCUUCCUGAAAACCCCUGA